AUGUGGAAUGUCUCUUCUUCAACCUCUCCAGCGCAUGAAAAGAGCACUAUAGAAGCUAGGAAUACAGUUCGGGAAGGCGAAGACCCGAUUGUUACUCUCACCUCGGUCUUGACUACGACUGUUCAUCCUACGUGGGUCAUCACAGACGCAGUCACUCUUGCUGGUAUUCUAACAGCACCGACCGACUCGAGUACUCAGCCAGACGCUCAGACUGAGACCACAACCGCAGAUUCGCAGGCUGAAGCUACCCGAACUACCCUCCCUCAACCACAAACAGCCCCAUCAGAAGCGCUAUCAACCAUCCUGACAACAUCAGCUUCGUCAUCACAGCAAAUGCAAGAACCAAGUGCUACCGGAGCUCCUAGCUCCGACUCUCCCUCCAAGACUUAUACUUGGGAGACAACAUCUGUUUAUUGGCCAGCAAGUGCGACAACCGCUACAGCUUCUACUUUUCAGACAGCCACAUCCACUGCGGCAUUCCAGUCUUACUCUUCGAGUCCUUUAUCAACCUCCACCUCUAUGACGAGUGUAAUUGCUGGGGCUAGCACGUCUUCGGAGACCUCGUCGGCCCAGUCCAAAAGCAGCCAUCACAAAGUUGGUGUCAUUGUGGGAGGCACCGUUGGAGGAGCUGCAUUCUGCGCAAUUGGUCUUCUAGCAUGUUUUCUCUUCAUCCGCCGUCGGCGACGAGGUGGUCAACAUAAGCGAAAAAAUAGCAGACAGAGUCUGCUUCAUGAUAGACAUUCAAUAAGUUCAUUCAACGACACCCACCAACGUCAAUACUCCCAGUCAUCUAUGAAUACCAUCCAGGAAGUCUCGAUACCAUCAGCUCCAGCUCCAGUUGUCCCUCCCCCGCGGAACUUCUCCAAUCCGUCCAACAUUCGCCCCAAUCCGGCUCUCGCAGCUUCAAAUCAGGACCUGUCUCUUGACCGCAUGUAUCUCCGUGAAGAGUCCCCACCUGGGUACACAGAGAAUUUUCAAUAUGACGUCGAGCGCAGCCCUGUCUCUCCAAUCAUUGAGAUAUCUCCACCAUCUCGUUCCGUUUCUAAUUACUCUCGAUGCUCAUGGGAAGGCUCUGGCUAUCUCAAGUUUCCUCAAGACUACGAUUUGUCUGUCCCGAAUUCCCGCCAAGCGAGCACCUAUUAUCCUGGCGAGAGCACAUUUACUCUCGCAGAUACAGCCAGCCCAGGAUCCAACGUCCUUGAUAUGGCCAAGACCCGUGAUAGCACCCGAAGUGAUCCAUUCGAUCUAGAGCCGUCUCCCAGAUCUCCGCCAAAGGAACCACCUCUACCUCCUCCAAGCUAUUGGCGUUUCAGAUUCUAA